AUGAAGUGCCAACACACCGCCAUCCUGGCCGCCCUCGCUGGGCUCACUGCCGCUGAGGUUCCCCAGGAACACUCGCACGAGAAGUAUCUCAUCGCCGUCAACGAGCUCCUCCAGCUCAACAACCCCUUCAACAUUGCCGACUCCGUCUUUGGCUUCCUCGGCGCCGCUGCUGCCGCCGAUGGCGCCGGUGACGUGACCAACACCGACUGUCUACAGCAGAUCACCGCCGACUCGGCAUUCACGGGCGCCAAAACUGCCGGUGACAUCGACGGCAUGGCUAACGCUCUCAUCUUCCGCGCCCUCGAGCGCAACAGUCUCUCCGUUGGCGAGCGCAGCGCUCUCUGCAACGAGACGGCUGAAAACCCGGAGAUCGCUGCCAUCUCGCAGCACCAGGAUCCCGCGUCCGAGGGCGCCGCCGAGGAGAACAAGGCCAUCACCCUGGCGCUGGCGCAGCAGCUUGCGCUUAUCGGAGUUGAUCCCCAGCUUGCGCUCGAGUCGGGAACAUUUCCUCCUGGCGAGAUCGGUGACCCCACCGCCGCUGGCUUUACUUGCAACGACGAGACUGACCCCGUCGGCUGCAUCUUUACUGAAAACCUCCUCGUGCCUGACGCGACCCCUGAGGAGAUCGACGCUGCCGUUGCCGAAGUCCUUGCAGAGGGCGAUGCCGCUGGCAUUGCUGACGGUAGCCUGAACGAUGCCCUCGUACCCAUCUGCGAAGCCAUCGGAGCUGGUGCCGGUGCUGACGCCGGCGUCGCCGUCCCUCCCGCCAACGGAACCGCCGCCGCCCCUCCCGCUGCCUCCGAAGCCGUCGCCACCCCCGUCGAAGAAGAGGAAGCCGCCGCCGCCGAAGAGCCCGCCACGGCAACAGACAAAACAUCCAGACUUUCACGGGCACCCUCGUGGGGGCGGCGCUACAUCCAGUUCGCCGAGGGCCUCGACGGCCGCGCCGAGGCGAGCUUUGGGCCCGCGGGCGACUUUGACCAUGGCAGCGCCAACAAUGUCGACAUUAUCACGAGCUUCAUCUGUGGGCAGCUGGGUUCACGGUGCGGCGCUGGCGAGGCCACUGUCGCUGCUUGCGAAGAUGGUGCUGCUGCUGCGAGUGGGUUGGAGGGAGAACAGGCUGCUCAGGCUUUCAACUCUGCGCUCGGACUGUAA